AUGUCGUUGUGUGAGGACGAGGCGUAUCACCACGACUACGAAAAACUCGUCACCAAGGGAUCCUACCAACGUUCCAGAAGGACGCUGCAUCAGCAGAAGAGACGGUCUGCCGACAACGCAAUUCUCACGAAGACGUUGCUCGACCCGGCUGGAGUGUUAAGCAAAAAACAGAAAAAUCGUUUACUCUCUGCACGUGACAAUGAUUUCCAAUUCGAUGUCCCGUAUUCGCUUAACAAACACUGCAGAUGGGAAACCGUAAAUCCUAAGUCAUUGCUUCUGGACAGCACCGAAUAUGACCACGAUGUUUUGGUGGCAGAGGGUGUCGCUAAUACUUGUUCUUCUGAUCCUGAACUUACUUAUCGAGUACAAAAAGUGCAUUUGUUUGGCGAUGAUGCGCUAACUACUCUCUUUACAUCUGGGAAGCCGAAAGAGCUCGCUUUCUUCAAUGAAGCGCUUAGAGAACGGAAGGACACACCAAAAGACGAACUUGACACGGCCAGAAUCCAAUUCAACAUCAUAAAGAAGAAUUCUUCCUCUCUACAUUCAUGCUCAAAGUCGUUAAGGAGAAAGAAAAGAAAAACCUUCCCGGUCAGAAAGUUUGUGAACGAUACGGAGGUAUACGAGGGAGGUUCGGACGAGUCAUUCUCCGAUAGUGAUUCAGCAAUGGAAGAUGAAGCUGGACAGUAUAGGUCGCCAGGUACUUUAGCUCUAAUCGAUUUCAUUUCUGAAAGCUCUUCAUCUACUUCUAACCACGUUUCCUCUACUUCUAAGGAAAGCGCUGAACCGUUUCGGCCGUCGAAGGUUCGCUCAAAAUGUCUAACGCCUCUCGCAGACAUUUCUCAAGUUACUCAUAUGCACUGCAUCUUUGAAGUGUUCGAUAUCCCACGGCGGAAGUUGAAACCAUUCGAUCUACAGGAAAAGGUGUCUUCUUUGGUCCCGAUGCUACACUACGGUUUUUGUGUCGUACGCUGGUUCGACUCGACAAGAGUAUCCGUUUCCAAUCAACCGCUUGCAGAUACUGUUUUCUUUAUAUUCUUCGAAUUAAGGGACAACCUUCAGACACUUAGGUGCCGCAUUAAUACGAAUACGCAAUAUUCUGGUAUUGCCGACAAGAAAGCACUCACUUAUCUAAUCACAAGAGCAAAAGAUUUCGAUGCUUUACUUCACGGAUUAUUGGAUUUCAUAAGCAAAUCGAAGAGGCAGAGUUCUGACUUUGGAAAUGAUAAUCGCAUUAAAAAUUCGCCUGAAAAUUUCAUACAACGAGUGAACAGCCGCAUGAUGGCAACUAGAGCGCAACGUUAUGAGGAACACGACCAGUACGUCUUCGUGAAGGAACACGGUUACUAUGAAGCAACAGACUCCUAUUUUAACAACGAUACUUCAAGAGAAAAGAGCGAAAGUUGUCUGUGUCGCAUUUGUCGAUCAUCGUUGAAGACAGAUCUCUUUCCAUCUGUAGAUGGUGUAAUGUGCAAAGAUUGCAUUACUUCUGAAGUGCUCCAUCAGCUUCGCCUGAAACAAUUUCCUAUUCGAAUUCCUUUAGUCACAGUUCCGGAAUGCUCGCCCAUGGAUCUUCUCUAUGCUAUUCUCCCUGUGCCUGUGAUGUCGACUUUAAUUAAGAUGUCCUUUUCUCAUUUUUAUACAAUUCAAAAUCCUGCUGCUAUGUUCACAUGUUGCCCUCAAUGCUCAAUGUCACUUGUUGUCAACAUUCCUAACAAAUAUGACUGUUGCGUCUGUCCAUACUGCAAAUGCUACUGGUGUUAUCGUUGUUGUUGGGAGCCACACUGGCCAAUGAGCUGUCAAGAAUUUAAAGAGUGGAGUAGGAAUUGGGACGAACAGUAUCCUAUUGAGAGACUUCAUCUGGAUGAAAGCGAGAAAGUCAUUCGUAUCACAUGUGGAUGUUCACAAACAUUUUAUGCUUCCGAGGACAACGCACAUGGUACCUAUUGCCCAAAUAAGAAGUGUCCCAACAAGUUUCGUUUCGAUAAGGCCGGCUUAUUGAGAACUCGUUAUGAUCUGUGGUGUUGGCAUACUGCAAGGGAAAGACAGUUGCUUGCUGGUGAAGAUGGAAAAGUGCCGAAACGGGGAACGCCAACAGAACCACAGGUCCUGUUACCGAAGAGAAUAAUAAAGAAGGAAAUUGCUGCUAUAUGUGCUGAUGCAAGGGAUGUCCGUUUCCAUCAAGAGAAGAGAGUAAAGUUUAAAGAUGUUAUCUUGAAGACUACUCAUUGCAAAUCGGAACAGAACAAAUUUAUUGAUAUCCGAACAACAAUACUUUUGCUCGUUGAGCAUUGCACAGCCUGGCUGUAUAUCCAUCGAAAAUUAUCCGCAGCCCGAGAUUUGAAAACGCUCCCGUCCAAGCUAUUCCAACAACUUAUGAGUGUGGAAAGAAAGAUCGAAGAUGGAAAGCUGGACAUUCUCACUGACAUGAACCUUCUGGAAAGCGAGACACUGAAAUUGAUUUCCGCGUUCGUGAAGCUUUUGCAACUGAAGGUGGAAGCGACGAAGGCUGCACUGGCUGCGAGUGGUUAUGAGACAAUUUAG